AUGGCGCGCCCCGAAUACAUUAUCGAGCACAUGGAGGAGGAGGAGCCGGAUGCUCCGGCAAACUUUCCUCCUUGGGCGCUCCUCGAGUACCGCCAUAUGCUGUACCACGUCGGCGAAGGCUCGACCGUGCACUUUACCUCGCUAUCGCAGGCCUCGCUCGACGAGCUCGCCAAAGCAUUUGCGGCGCCGCUGCCCACCUUGACGCAGAAACGGGCGAAAUUUGAGCUGCACGCCAAGUCUGUCACCACCCUGGCCAAGGAGCGUGGAUGGGCUAUGAAGUACAUCUGUCUCUUGGACCCAAAGGCACCGUACGCACUCUCGGUCGCGGAUGCGGGUGUACAUCCAUCGUCGGUCGCACACGACCAUCCCUUUACCCACUUUCUGUUUGGCGGCAUCCUCGGGGACCAUCCACCGCGGGACCGCACCGCGUCUUUGCGCGAGCUCGGUUUCCCGUCGCGUCACCUUGGCAGCGUGCAAAUGUCGACCGAUACCGCACUCGGCGUGACCAAGCGCGUGGUCGAGGACGGCUUGCGCCUUGGCCUUGCCGAGCUUACGGGCCAGGACAAGGCCGAUACGCAGCUGGACGGCGUCGCUGCUUUGACCUGGGUCGAUCGUCCCACCCUUGAAUUCGGGCGUGGAGAAUCGGUACGUACGCUGUUUUGCUAA